CCCUCCCCUCGAACUCGCCAGUCCCGGCGCCGCUCCGUGGGCUGCAAAGUUUGCAGCGCAAGGCCGUCAAGGGAGCGCGCCGGCGCGGGCUCGGCUGAGCUCCACGCGGCUCAGGACAGCCGUGACCACUGACCGGGCGGCGUGGAUGCUCAGCAAGCAGCUCUGCCACCGCGAGCCAAUCCCGAUACAUCGAGUCGGGUCGUCGGGGCUGUCCGAGUCCCCACAGACACUCCAGCCGUGGACCAGGUGCACAGCCAACACUGAGCCUUCCCUGUCUGCCCUCCUGGGCUCAGACCCUUCACCACUGUCACUCAGCCAUGGCUCCAGGUCUUGCUCGGAUCAGCUUGAGGUCUCAGCUGCUGCCCUUGGUGCCGCUGCUCCUGCUACUGCGGGGCGCAGGCUGCGGCCACAGAGUCCCCUCAUGGUCCUCACUGCCUUCAGCAGCUGACAGUGUGCAGAGGGACAGGGACCUCCAGCAGUCACCCGGGGACGCUGCAGCCGCUCUGGGUCCAGGCGCCCAGGACAUAGUCGCUGUCCACAUGCUCAGGCUCUAUGAGAAGUACAACCGGAGAGGCGCUCCACCAGGAGGAGGCAACACCGUCCGAAGCUUCCGUGCCCGGCUGGAUGUGAUCGACCAGAAGCCUGUGUAUUUCUUCAACUUGACUUCCAUGCAAGACUCAGAAAUGAUCCUCACAGCCACCUUCCACUUCUACUCAGAACCUCCACGGUGGCCCCGGGCUCGUGAGGUAUUCUGCAAGCCCCGAGCUAAGAAUGCAUCCUGCCGGCUCCUGACCCCAGGUCUGCCUGCUCGCUUGCACCUAAUCUUCCGCAGUCUCUCGCAGAACACUGCCACUCAGGGGCUGCUCCGCGGGGCCAUGGCCCUGACACCUCCACCACGUGGCCUCUGGCAGGCCAAGGACAUCUCCUCAAUCAUCAAGGCUGCCCGAAGGGAUGGAGAACUUCUUCUCUCUGCUCAGCUGGAUUCUGGAGAGAAGGAUCUCGGAGUGCCACGGCCCAGUUCCCACAUGCCCUAUAUCCUUGUCUAUGCAAAUGACCUGGCCAUCUCGGAGCCCAACAGUGUAGCAGUGACGCUACAGAGAUACGACCCAUUUCCAGCUGGAGACUUUGAGCCUGGAGCAGCCCCCAACAGCUCAGCGGAUCCCCGCGUGCGCAGGGCGGCACAGGUGCUGGACUUUGAUGAGAAGACGAUGCAGAAAGCCAGGAGGCGGCAGUGGGAUGAGCCUCGGGUCUGCUCCAGGAGGUACCUGAAGGUGGAUUUUGCAGACAUCGGGUGGAAUGAAUGGAUCAUCUCACCCAAAUCCUUUGAUGCCUACUACUGUGCUGGAGCCUGCGAGUUCCCCAUGCCCAAGAUCGUCCGCCCGUCCAACCAUGCCACCAUCCAGAGCAUCGUCAGAGCUGUGGGCAUUGUCCCUGGCAUCCCGGAGCCAUGCUGUGUCCCAGACAAGAUGAACUCCCUUGGAGUCCUUUUCCUGGACGAGAAUCGGAAUGUGGUUCUGAAGGUGUACCCCAAUAUGUCCGUAGAGACCUGUGCCUGUCGGUAAGGUGGCUUCAAGAUGGAAGGCAGACCUCCUUCACCCCUGCUGUGCAGAGUGGCAUUCUUGGAGCCAGGAUUUGACUCGAGCAAGUCCCAGGUGCUAGAUGGAGCUUAUAGACAGCCAGGCUGAGACCAAGAUCUGUCCACCGAGCCACAGUUCUCCCGUUCUUCCGCGUCGUGGUAGCUCUGUAAGGACUUUUUUGAGUUCCUGGAAGGAAUCUGGAAUUCACCAUGGUCUGAAAUUUGCCCACAUUUUUCAAGGCCUAGAAAUAGCAUGUGUCCACAGAUGUCAACCCCAAGGCAUCUGUCCUCUCAGAACCUGGAAAGACUAUGCAAAUCUCGGGGCACUCCCCGCCCCCCACGGCAGUAAAUGCUUAUUUGAAAACCCUCAAGCGGCAUACUAGAAACAGGGCCUAAAGCAUGGCAUGGAUGGGUAUUUCUCUUACAUUUCACUACACAUGCUUUUAUACAUGCAGUACGCAACAUGUACUCGAGACUGAUUUCUUCUUUUAAUAUAUGUAUUUUGAUUUCAAAGCAAAGUGGACAGAGUUGACCCCCAUGCCCCACAGACGUAAUACUGAAAGUUAGGUGUGGGCUGUUUAAACAUGCGUAUGAAAAAUAAUACAGUGAUAUGCUGGAAUACUAAAAAAUAACCAAGAUUCUAUAUUUUUGUAAAUUAUACUUUGUAUACUGUAGAUUGUGAGUGUUCUGUGUUUUUAUGGAAAGCUAAUAAAUUAAAGGUACAGUGGUUUCUGGAAAAACUGAAUUUCAUCCAGUCUGCAAAUCCAACGACCCUGGGCUAGCGCCAAAAUGGAAUAUGGUUCCAGGAUAGCACAGGGUACUGUCCUAGAGUUUCCUCAUGUCCCUAACCUAGUUGAUUGGCAGGUGUCUGUGGCAGCUUUUGUCUUGAGUGACGGGAACAGGUUGGUGUAAUAAAAGCAGGAGAUUUGACAUAUGCAGUUAGGGAAUAUCUCAGGAGGUCCACAGUUUAAGAGGAACUGGAAAGGCCAGCUGAUCUCAUUUGUGUGUUUGUGGAAUACACAGCUGUCUCCCAGCAUCCCUGUCCCAAAAGGCCACCCUGACUGACUCUACUAUGGACAGCAUUGGCAUGAGAUUUGCUUUCCUUACAGUGGCUAUUCCGCAAGUCCAGGGUUGGGCAACUGUUAAGGAGAAAAUAGGUGCAGUCUGAGACAGAUGCACCACAAUCCAUUCAGCCAGGGCUAGGGGCGUAGCACUGGCCUGGAACCUCAGCACAGAGACCUACAGCUGCCGAAGCUUGCUAAGAGAAGCAGCUGGGGCUGCUGGAUUCAAUACUCUCUACGGGCCGUGUUCCAGGAAAUGCAGGUGAGACAAGGGACUGUGCACACCACCCCCACCCACCCACCACGUCCAUCUGGGGCUGCGCGCUGCUCUGCUGUUUGCAAAACCCUUCAGUGAGUCUGGCUUUAGGGAAGGGGAUAUGGAUAAGCAGCAGCUUCUGCUUCUAGCCUGCCCCUUCCAUGAAUUGCCCCAUCCCAAUUCCAUGGCCCUCUGCUCAGGAGGCCCCAGUGGCGUGGAGAGCCUGGGCGGCCUCUGAAGAAGGCUGCGACGGCAGCAUUGUGAUCUGGGUGAACUGCAAGAGCAUCCCGAACAGGUGAGAGAGACAUAAAGGGGACUCGAUGGAGUCUGCAUCCUUGCAUCCCAUCCUCUGAGAUGCUCUAUGCACCCUAGGACGUGUGCAUACACAGCUAUCCAUGCCCAUUAGCCACCAACACAUGCUACCUUAGUCCCUUUUCCCUGGAGGGAUGCACAUGAAGCUAAACGAGUCCCUCCAAGCUGUUAUAGAUGGUGUGCAUGUCUCGAGCUGACCUGCAGACUUGGUGUUUUGCUUGCUAUGUCAAAUACUGUUGGAACAUGGUGGAAUAUCAUUAUGUGAAUAGCAAAAAUAAAUUAAAAUACUGGG